AUCCAGCGGCCAGAAUGAAGACAGUCAUCCUGUUUGGGUUGGUGCUUGGAGCGCUCUCUGCUGCAGGGAAAGUUUUCUUUGCAGAGGUUGGUCAGAAAAUCAUCUUGCAGUGUGGCGACAAUAGGUUCAAUUUUAGACUGGAAUGGAGUCAUGGUGGUCAAACGAUCUUCAAAAUAAUCGGGAAAAAUGGUCCCCCUUCCAAAGGAAAUAGUCCAGUUGUACCAAGGGCAAAGAAACGAGGAGAAACAGACCUGGAAAUAUCCGAUGUAAAGGAAUCAGAUUUUGGGGAGUUCACUUGUAAAGUGGAUGGCAAACCCUAUGAACACACGCUGGUCGUGGUGUCAGACAACACAGCUUUAAACGUGAGUUUUCUCAUUGUUAUGAUCCUCAUUGCAUCUUCUUUCUCUUUUUCCAACUCUGUACCAGUCUCGGUUUUUCCCAGCGGUGUUGUCCAGAGUGGCACUGAUGUUACCCUCGAUUGUAAGGUCAGCAGUCCGGGCGACAGCAUUAAAGUCUGGUGGCGCUCACCCGAUGGUUCAGAGCACCGAUCUCAUAAAGUUGAGCUCAAACAUGUUGCUCCCUCACAUCAAGGGACUUGGCAGUGUAGAGCGUCCCAUGAUGGGGAGGAAUUCAGCAAAGAUGUUGCCAUUGUUGUAAAAUCUCCAGAUCCAAAACCAACAACUCCUGCAGUUAAAAGAAAUCCGGGCCUGAGCUGGUGGAUUUGGGUUGCCAUCGGAGCGGCGGGCCUGGUCUUUAUCAUCCUGAUGGUCGUCGUGGUCGUCGUGUACAAGAGGACCAAAAGGAGGAAGAAGACAUUCAUGAGGAUGAAGAGGGCCCCACCCCCACUCAUGACCCCAGAUGUGGAGGUCAACGGUAUCCUGGGUUCACAUGGCAACGAGGUCGACGACUCUCUCUACUUCCCACUGCUGUCUCCGGUCCUCGAUGACUCCACUGUGUCCCAGUUGUGUGAAAUGGGUUUUCCAGUGGAGGCCUGCAGGAAAGCGGUCUACUACACUGGCAACACUGGAAUCGAUGCCGCCAUGAACUGGAUCAUGAGCCACAUGGACGACCCUGACUUUUCGGCACCCCUUGUAUUGCCAGGCAGCAGUUCUGGACCCGGGACCACUCCGACAGAGAGCCUCUCCGAGGAACAUCUGGCAACGAUCGUCUCCAUGGGCUUCAGUCGAGAUCAGGCAACCAAAGCGCUCCGAGCGACGAGUACGAGUUGUUUGCUUUCAUCAGUCACAUGGGGACGAGCACCAUGUGUGGCCACUAUGUCUGUCACAUCAAGAAGGACCAACAAUGGGUCAUCUUCAAUGAUCAGAAGGUCUGUGCUUCAGAGAAACCUCCCAAAGACCUGGGCUACCUGUAUUUCUACUGUAGAGUGGCCGACUGAGGCGGAGCAGCGUUUCACUUCAGGAGGAGAAGAAGAAAACGACGCCAUCAAACCACAAACAACAGCAAGCUCUUACAAAUGCUCUGGCACGCUUCACAACUGACAAACAUGUAAAUAAGGAAGUCUUUCAGAUUGCUUAUAAACAGUUAAAUAAAUUGGUGCAAAUGUACAGAUAAGUGUUGUUGGGGGGUUGUGUGUGUUGCUGUUCCUCUGUAUCCACUGAUAAAUAACCACAGGCCUGUGUGAGCAUCCACUCAGGUUGUCACCAGAGCAACUCUGACUUAAAGCCAGAACUAAUCCAGACCUGAUAAAAGCACGAGAUCCGGGGUCUGCUCUGAAAAAAAAAAAAAAAAAAGGUCUCAUGAUUGGGAAAACUUGGUAAAACUUGCUUGAUGGAACAAACACUCCAAACAUCGACUGACUUCGGACCGCUGAGCUCAUGAUUGACAAGUUUACGAUAAUCUUUCCCGACUAUUGAUCUCCACUGCCAUCAGUAGUCACUGCCCGUAUUCGUUAAAACAUGUCGCUCUUCAGGCCCGCCUUCUCGUUUGACUGGGAAAUCGCACCGCUCUAGUUAGACUCAACCUCCCCUACAUGUUUAAGUGCUACAAACACUCGUAGGGAAAAAAAAAAAAAAGUUAUAAGAGUAAAAACACCAAAUCAACAUGUUUUCCUUAAGCGUUCGGUGAGGGUGAUUCUUGGGUGACUCGUGUUUUAUUUUGUUAUUUUCAAAACGAAUGCUUUGUUACUUCUGCUGUGAAAAAUAAAGGUUUUUCCUCUCCGU